AUGGAGUCGGGGUUUGCUCAUAUGAAUGAUGUUACGGUUUUACAAGCUGCUCAAGGGUUAAUUGAAUAUUUAAUUGACCAAAAUAAUGAUAAUAAUAAAGAAGUAUCAAUUGUUGUGGGGUAUGAUCAUCGAUUUAAUUCUCAAAGAUUUGCUGAACUUACUGCUAGUGUGGCAAUAACUAAAGGUGUUAAACUCAGGACAAUGGAUACAAAGUAUAUUUAUAGUAAUGGAUGUCAAAUCAUACCUCCAAUUGAUCAUGGAAUUGCAACCAGUAUUGAAAAUAAUCUACAACCAUGGUCAAAUGAAGUUUGGGAUGUGACUAAGAAUUUCCAAAUUGGAAUCAAUAACCAAUUGUUAAAGAGUUAUAAAUCUGAAAUUCAACAGAAGUAUGAAAUAGUAGUUAAAGAUUUAUUAAUUACUCAAGCUAAUUUAAACUUUAAAUUCGUAUAUACUCCAAUGCAUGGAGUGGGAUUGGAAAUUCUUGAAAAGACUUUAAAACAUUUCAAUAAUCCUCAAUAUAAAGUAGUUGAAGAACAAGCUAUACCUGAUCCAACAUUCCGGACAGUCAAAUUCCCUAAUCCAGAAGAAAAGGGAGCUUUGGAUUUAGCCAUAAGUACGGCCAAUAAUCUUGGAUAUUCAUUAGUCAUUGCUAGUGAUCCCGAUGCAGAUCGAUUCAGUGCUGCAUUUAAAUCUAAAUCAGGGAAAUGGAGACAAUUAACAGGGAAUGAAAUAGGUUUCUUGUUUGCUUUAUAUUUUGUAGAAGAAAUUAUACCUAAUAAGGCUAAAUUUGACAAUACAUAUUUAUUAAAUUCAACUGUUUCUUCACAAAUCUUACAAGCUAUGGCUGAUUAUCAUGGAUUUCAUUUUCAAGAUACAUUAACUGGAUUCAAAUGGAUAGGUAAUAAAGCAAUUGACUUAAAAAAUGAAGGUUAUUAUGUUCCUUUUGGAUAUGAAGAAGCUAUUGGAUUUAUGUUUAAUGUAGUUAAUGAUAAAGAUGGAAUUUCUAGUGCCGUUAUAUUUUUACAGCUUUAUAAUGCUUGGUUUUCAAAGGGAAAUAACAAUAUAGAAGAUAAAUUAGAAGAAGGUUAUGCCAAAUAUGGAUGGUUUAAAGAAUGUAAUGGUUACUAUAAAGUUCAAGAAUUAUCUCAAACCAAAGAGAUUUUCGAAACAAUUAGAUUAUCAUUUUCUCCUCAACGUUAUCCAAAGUCAAUAGGGGAUUUUGAAGUAAUAAGCUGGAGAGAUUUAACCAUUGGAUAUGAUUCGACUACUUCAGAUAAUGUACCCAAUUUACCAACUGAUCCUACUUCACAAAUGAUAACGGCAGUAUUAAAAUUAGCAAAACAAGAUAAAAAUAAUACUGAUCAAGUUAGAUUUACAUGUCGUGGAUCAGGAACUGAACCUAAAUUAAAAGUUUAUAUUGAAGGUAAGUCCAAUAUUUCAGAAGUAGUUGCAAUUGAAUUGGCUCACAAGUGUUGGCAGACUUUAAGGACCACAUGGUUUAAACCUGAACAAAAUAAUUUACAAGAGACUGUAUAGAUAAACAGAGUUAGAAUAUAUAUAUAUAUAUAUAUAUAGAAAAAA